AUGUGCUCCCCUCCCAGGGUACCGGGACCUCAGUCCUAUGAUAUGGGCCCCCCGGCAGCGUGGGUCAGAGCUGCCUUCCCGCCUACGAGGAUGGGCACCUCCAUGGCAGCCAGGUCCACUAAGAGCCCUCCCGCCGUCAGAGCCAAAACCAACACGCCAAAAAAGACCACGGUUGAAUCUUCUACACAAGUACAGUUGUUGCGGCCUCGUAUUUACCGCGAAAAGACGAAACUAUCCUCUGCAUAUCACCGCUCAGAUACGAAGUCCACAACACCGCUACAACACAAGAGUUCUUCAUGUCGUGUUUCCUGCAUGAUGAGUACACAGUCACAGUCAACACAAGUUCAGACUAACCUGGCCAUCCCACCUGAGCAUUUACUCAUUUCAAGUGCUUGGCAAGGGACAGAGUUGGCAUCACUCAUCUCAAAGGAAACAAACGUUUUAUAUUCUGAUGGCUUGGGUGUGGUCGACUUUCAUCCUUCUGCGGAUGCUGCCGUCAUCUUUGUCAGUGAAGCAGACUUGUUGACUGGUGGGAGCUUCAAGAGGCGUAUUGUCAAGUUCCGUCAAUCAAACACCAGCUUGAGAGGAAUUGUCGUUGCUCAGAAAACACCUCAUACACAGGAACCAUUCUCAGAUUUGCAGAAGUUUGUGUGCAUGGAAUUGGAUCUUGCUAUAGUGCCAGUUAAGACAAUAUCUGAGGCAGCUCAACUUCUUGCACAGAUGGUUAACUGUGAGGCUAAAGUAAACAUCAACCCAUUCUGUAUGAAACCCAGAACAGUUAACAGUUCAGAUGCUGGGAUACUGGCAACUGCUACGGCUGUCCCUGGCUUAGGUGAAAAGCGUGCACGGCAACUCCUUGAACACUUUGGAUCUCUUUAUAAGAUUGCAAAUGCAACACAGGAGAACCUAGCUAGUGUUGUGGGAAAUUCUACAGCUUCUAGUGUGUAUGAUUUCUUUCAUGGAAUUCAUUCAUGAUGUAUAAAUGUCUAUUUUAGUAAAUACACUUGUUCA